AAAUAGGCACUAGGCCUUUAUGUGUAUUGUACACAAUUAGAGAGCUAAGUGAGAGUGUACGAGUACGUGUGUGUUUGUGAGUGCGAGGUGUGUCCUCGUAGAGUUAGAGGUGUGUCCUCCAAGAGCCGUAGUGUUGUGUUGGUGUUGUGUACACCACUGUGUUGUGUAUUGGUGUUUCGUACACUGUUGUUGAGAGUUUAAUAAAAUUCUGUUUGUGUAUCGAUCCUGGAGUACCGCUGAUACCCAACAAGUGGUAUUAGAGCCACGUCGAACCGUGGUGGUUGUUAUUGUAGUUGUGGUCUUUUUCGUGGUGUUUAUUCGUAGGUCGAGAGUAUACUGUAACUCUGCCGGAAUUAGCAGUUGAGGACUGUUGUUGGAGUCGCUACUCUGCCGGAGUUAAUAGUCAGGGACUAUUGUUGGAGUCAUUACUCUGCCGGAGUUGACAGCUAGAGAAUACCAGUACCAGAUGACGGAUUUUCUUGGAGUUGCCAAUAACAUCGAGAAGCUAAAUAGUAACAAUUACGAAAAUUGUUGUAUCCGUAUACAUUAUUAUCUCAUAGGUCAGGACUUAUGGGAUAUUGUUGGAGGAGAGAGCACGACACCACCGACUGGCGACGCGAAGGCGCGAAUGGAGUGGGAGAUGAAAUGCGGAAGAACGAUGUUCGUGCUGAUGGUUGCAGUGGAAGACGAGCAGAUGCAGCGUAUCAGGUCAGCUAAGAUACCGAAGGAGGCGUGGAGGAGGUGUGGGAAAUUUCGAAGACCGCUUUCGCCAAGAAGAACGAAGCAAAGCUGCAGUGCCUGGAGAAUGAGCUAUUCUCCAUCUCGCAACGGGAGCUUAUUGAUGAGGAGGAUCAUCAUCUAUGGUCUAAGACCCGAGUUCACGGGUCUUGUGACUGCCACACGCGGUUGGGCUACGCAGCCAACUCUGGACGAGUUAGAGAAUAUCUUAUCCAAUGAAGAGACCCUGGAUAAUAAGAUGUCUAAAGUAGCUGUGAAGGACUAUGAGGAAGAAGCUCUGUUCAACGGCAACAGAGGUCGCUCUGCCAGAAAUGAUCACUGGCGUAGGAGAGUAGAAGGUGAUCGAGAAUAUCGAUCUACAAGAGACGAAGGUGAUCGUGACUAUCGGCGUAAAGGAGAAGAUGGUGAUGAAGAGGAGAGACGUUCUCAGCUAGGGGGAGCACAACGUAGAGAUGGCCGGAGCAGCGAAUCUCAAAGACGAUUUGAUGGAAUGUGUUAUAAUUGUGGGAAGAAAGGCCACAUAGCCAGGUACUGUCGGUCAGAGAAUAAGCCUGUAGAAAGUCACGCAAUGAUAACUAGCGGGGCAUCACCGGAAGAAGAAGAAUGGGACAUGGAAGCAUUAGCUGUUCUGAGCGACGGAGAGUUGGAAUCCCAGGGAUCCGCUGUUAUAGAAGAAAAAGAUUGGAAUUUUGACAAUUCCAUGCUGAUUACUGAAGACGAAGAGGGUAAUAUUAUUGAGGAGACUUGGGGAGAAGCAAAUGGAGAAAUAAAACUGGAGCUGCUAGAAGUUGAGGAAGAAAUCGACGAGCAAUGUGUGGAGCUUCCAGAAACUUAAGGAGAUAAUGAUGAAGGUGAAGGAAUAAAAAUAUCAGGGGUUGAAGAUGUGCCACUAGAAUUAUCUAGCUCCAUGUCACCGACUUAGUCCUAGGAAUUAUUAAAUUAUUAGGCUUAGGUUGAAGAUGUGCCACUAGAAUUAUCUAGUUUUGUGAAUGUCGGUUGUUCACCGACUUAGAACUCCUAUAAAUAGGCACUAGGCCUUUAUGUGUAUUGUACACAAUUAGAGAGCUAAGUGAGAGUGUACGAGUACGUGUGUGUUUGUGAGUGCGAGGUGUGUCCUCGAGUUCUUGUGAGGUGUGUCCUCCAAGAGUCGUAGUGUUGUGUUGGUGUUGUGUACACCACUGUGUUGUGUAUUGGUGUUUCGUACACUGUUGUUGAGAGUUUAAUAAAAUUCUAUUUGUGUAUC